AUGGCUGUGUGGACCAGACCAGACCAGCCCACACCACACCAGACCAUCCCACACCAGACCAGCCCACACCACACCAUCCCACACCAGUCCAGCCCACACCAGACCAGCCCACACCAGACCAUCCCACACCAGACCAGCCCACACCACACCAUCCCACACCAACCAGCCCACACCACACCAGUCCAACCCACAGCAGACCAGCCCACACCACACCAGUCCAGCCCACACCACACCAGUCCAGCCCACACCAGACCAGCCCAUACCACACCAGUCCAGCCCACACCAGACCAGCCCAUACCACACCAGUCCAGCCCACACCACACCAGUCCAGCCCACACCAGGCCAGCCCACACCAGUCCAGCCCACACCAGACCAGCCCACACCACACCAGACCAGCCCAUAACACACCAGUCCAGCCCACACCAGACCAGCCCAUACCACACCAGUCCAGCCCACACCAGACCAGCCCACACCACACCAGUCCAGCCCACACCACACCAGUCCAGCCCACACCACACCAGUCCAGCCCACACCAGGCCAGCCCACACCAGUCCAGCCCACACCAGACCAGCCCACACCACACCAGACCAGUCCACACCACACCAGGCCAGCCCACACCAGUCUAGCCCACACCAGUCCAGCCCACACAAGUCCAGCCCACACCAGUCCAGCCCACACCAGGCCAGCCCACACCAGUCUAGCCCACACCAGUCCAGCCCACACCAUCCAGCCCACACCACACCAGUCCAGCCCACACCAGGCCAGCCCACACCAGUCCAGCCCACACCAGACCAGCCCACACCACACCAGACCAGCCCAUACCACACCAGUCCAGCCCACACCAGACCAGCCCAUACCAAACCAGUCCAGCCCACACCAGACCAGCCCACACCACACCAGUCCACACCACACCAGGCCAGCCCACACCAGUCUAGCCCACACCAGUCCAGCCCACACAAGUCCAGCCAACACCAGUCCAGCCCACACCAGGCCAGCCCACACCAGUCUAGCCCACACCAGUCCAGCCCACACCAGUCCAGCCCACACCACACCAGGCCAGUCCAGCCCACACCAGUCCAGCCCACACCAGUUCAGCCCACACCACACCAGUCUAGCCCACACCAGUCUAGCCCACACCAGUCUAGCCCACACCAGUCCAGCCCACACCAGUCCAGCCCACACCAGGCCAGCCCACACCAGGCCAGCCCACACCAGUCUAGCCCACACCAGUCCAGCCCACACCAGUCCAGCCCACACCAGGCCAGCCCACACCAGGCCAGCCCACACCAGGCCAGCCCACACCACACCAGUUUAGCCCACACCAGGCCAGCCCACACCACACCAGUCUAG